CCCUGACACGAUUCCGCUUUCAUUCUUGGUCUCUUUUCUUGUCCAGUACAAGGCUACCUACCUACGCAUAUAGGCCCAUGCAUGCUUAUUAUUUGUCCCUGAUGAAGCCCAAUAAUAACAGACGAAAGAUGGAUACGCUUACUGCGCAGAGACUCAGAGGUGGCCCGCCGACCCCAGAGCCUUGAUUACAGCAUUAAGCGCAAUCGCUGUGCCAAGAAUCCAGUGGCAACGGCUCAACUUGGGAUGGGCCUCCACGGGUUUCUGAUAGGCACACUUUUAAAGUGUGGGGUGAGGAGGUGGCAUUCAUCCGUGCUGAGGAAGGCUGCGCCCACCAAGGAACCCUCCAACUGCUGGACCAUCUGGGUAAAAAAUAAUAAUAUCAAGGAAUAACUCCCGCCUCUCUCUUUCAGGACCCGGGCCUUGCUCAUUUUCAACCCUCUUUGUAUCUUUAUUGGCCCCGACCAUCGCAGCACAAUGGCAGAAGUUGAAGAGCCGCAAUUCACAACACUCGCUGAGAGGAUUGCCGCCCUCAACAAACAGAAGAACUUCAAGGCUCCUCCCCCCGGGGCUGGCAGGCGAGCCCCGCCUCCGCCUCCGCAGAAUCGCCCCUCACCACAGUUGGCAAGCGCCACGAGCCCAACAUUCUCAAAUGGGGCGCCAUCGCCACAGAGCCCGUCAAUACCUCCGAGACCGACCAACAGAGCGGCCAAGCAAGAGAGCGCUCCGCCGCUUCCCCGGAGAGUAACAGCCGCUGCGGACGGAGAUGGGAAAUCACCCUCUCCAGGCCGAAGCCUUGCUCCCGCUCCCACCUGGGCUUCUUCAAGUCGCCUGACAUCACCAGCACUCCCACCCCGCCGACCAUCCACACAGACUCUUUCUGACCGAAGAAACUCCAAUUCCUCAGAUGUCUCUUAUUUAUCAACAGUCUCGAACCUGUCGUUCACAAGUGCCAGCUCAGACAAGGCUCCGCGAAGGUUACCGCCGACUCUCGACCAGGCAAAACUCCCGCAUCUCCCUCCAACACGGCGUGAGCUGGAAGCAAAGGCAAAGGAAGCCGUAGCAGAAAGAGCACCCCCCUUGCCGACUAGGUCAGAGACCGCUCCGUCGCGGAUCGCCGAGCCGCCACGUCCCUCCCUGCCUCCCAGACUCCCGUCGCGGCCAGCACGACCACCAGUCGUUGAACAAACACAAGAAGAGCAGGCCCCUGCUCUGCCUAGCAGGCGCUUACCUCCCCCGGCGGCUACAUUCAACCGGGCAAAGUCGGCCCUUGAGUGCGGAUUUAACAGACAGGCCAAGGCAGAAGAAGAUGACCAGCCGCCCCCUGUCCCGCUAAGCUCUCGUCCCGCUCUCGCUCAUAUCGACGCCGCCUCAACCCGUGCGGCGGCGGCCCUCUCUGCUGUACGACCAGCCUCGGCACCGGCGGCGCCCUCAUGUCUCGUCUGCCGGGACUUCUCCGGCCCUGACUCGGUCGCUGCCCAGUACCCGGCCCACACUCUCCCGCGCCACGACCCCGUGGGCUACCUGGCGCACGUGCUCUGCGACCCCUUCCCGUCCGCCACCGACAGGGCGCGCGCCAUCUUCACGUGGUGCCACCACAACAUCGCCUACAACGUGGAGGACUUCUUCGAUGGCUGUAUCCCGCGCGGGCAGACGCCGGCCGAGACCAUCUUUAGCGGCAAGGCCGUGUGCGAGGGCUACGCCAAGGUGUACGAGAGCAUCGCCAGCCGGGCGGGGCUUGAGUGCGUGGUCGUGGGCGGGCACGGCAAGGGCUACGGCUUCGUGCCCCUGGCGCCGGGCCAGGCCCCGCCGCGGCGGGACCCGUCGGGCCACGCGUGGAACGCGGUGCGCAUCGACGGCGGCGAGUGGAAGCUGCUCGACGCGUGCUGGGGCGCCGGCGCCGUCGGCGAGAGGAAGUACACCAAGCGCUUCGUGCCCGAGAUGUUCUACAUGGCCAACGACACCUUUGGGCUCAAGCACUUCCCGUCCGACAGCAGGCACUUCUACCGCAGCGACGGGAGCAUCCCCACGUGGGAGGAGUACAUCGUCGGCCCGCUGCGGGGAGCUGAGCAGGCGACGUGGUACAGCAACGCGACGCAGGAGGGCCUGAACGAGUUCACCUUCAGCCCGCGCGCGAAGCACAUCCCCGUGCGCAGCGGAGAGGUCGUACGCUUCCAGUUCUCCAAGGUCUGCGAGCACUGGGACGGCGAGAGGAACGGGAAGGGCAAGCCGUACUUGCUCAUGAUGAAGAUCCACGGGCUGGAUGGGCGGAAGGACGAUCUCGUGCCUCUGGACCAUGAUAGCUUCUGGUGGUGGGUGGACAUUCCGGCGAGGGAUCUCGGCACUCCGGGACAGCAGAUAUCGCUCUAUGGCCUGGACACGCUGGAUGGCAAGCCGGCGCGGGGAGUGACGAAGGAGGAGUUCUUGAGGAAGAAGGGGAAGUGCGGGAUGAGUUGGGUUGGCAUUGCUGCCUGGGAAUUGGUAUAGUCACCGGGUUAUUGGGAACAGACAGCGGGAUCUGGGCGUUUCAAAUGAGCUUCAAGAAGGCCCGUUCCUGCCAGAAUAUGACUAGAGUAUCAUGAUAAUACUAAUAAUGAUAGAUACACGUUCCAAAAACUCCCAGUGACACUCGUCAAGGCGUGAAACGUGACCUUUCAUCUACAUUUGAUCUAACCCAACCGUACCUUUCAGGAUCCCGAUGUGUACAACAAACCCA